AUUUGCGGAGAAGCCGUGGGGUUUGUUAUCAUGCACCACGGCCGGCUGAUAAGCCGCUCAGAUUCUUGUUUUUGCAUAAAGGAGUCCGUCCUCCCUGGAUUCCUCCUUGCAUCCCCGUCUCUUUAUCAUCCGGCUCUCCUCCCUUCCUCGUCACUCAUCCACCGCUGGCGGAGGAACCAUGACUUUCCCAUCCUCAGAACCUCUACCCAAAGACAACAAGUCGGUUGCACGCGACUCCAUCACCGAUGAUACCUCGCAGCUCAACCGCUGUGCCUCCGCCCCGGGGGUCAUUGAUGAUGUCGUCCAGGUCAUCGACCACAAGGCCGAACGGCGUCUCUGCCGCCGUUUCGACAUGCGUCUUCUCCCAGUCCUCGCCCUGAUGUACCUAUUCAACGCCCUUGACAAAGGCAAUCUUAGUAAUGCCGAAACGGCUGGCAUGAGCGAUGACCUCCAUUUCAAACCCGGGCAAUACAACCUCCUCCUGUCCAUAUUCUUCGUCCCCUAUGUCAUCUUCGCACCACCGUUUGCCAUGCUCGGCAAACGCUUCAGUCCGGCCCGCGUUCUGCCUAUCCUCAUGUUUUCUUUCGGCUCCUUCACGCUGCUCUCCUCGGCGACCAAGAACUUUGGCGGCAUGUUCGCCCUGCGCUGGUUUCUGGGCAUGUCCGAGGCUGCGUUUUUCCCGCUCGUCAUCUACUACCUGACCACCUUUUAUCGCCGCGGCGAACUCGCCCGGCGCCUGGCCAUUUUCUACGCGGCCAGCAACAUUGCCAACGCUUUUGCAGGCCUCAUCGCGUUUGGUGUUUUUCAAAUUAAAAACUCCCCCAUUCCCAACUGGCGGUACCUCUUUAUCCUUGAGGGGAGUGUCACGGUUCUCUUCUCCUGCUUCGCGUUUUGGUACCUCCCUCGGUCCGCAGCCACGGCGUCCUUCCUCAGCCCGGAAGAAAAGCUGCUGGCCCACCACCGCAUCCAAGUUGACAGUUCGGCCAUUGUCAACGAGCCUUUCCGUCUCCGCUCCGCCCUCGGCAUCUUCUCCCACCCCUCCACCUACGCCUUCCUGGCCAUUGAAAUCUGCCUCGGCGUGCCCCUGCAGGGUGUGUCCCUCUUCAUGCCGCAAAUCAUCCAACGCCUCGGCUACACCACUGUCAAAACAAACCUGUACACUGUCGCCCCUAACGUGUCGGGCGCCGUCAUGCUGCUCGUUCUGGCCUUUGCCUCGGACGCCACCCGGCUCCGCGCCCCGUUUAUUAUUCUCGGCUUCCUCCUCACCUUUAUCGGCUUCAUGAUCUACGCUGCCAUUACUGAUGUCGAACAACAAAUUCACGUCGCCUACUUUGCCACCUUCAUGAUGACCUGGGGGACUUCUGCCCCGUCGGUGCUUCUUUCCACGUGGUACAACAACAAUAUCGCGGACGAGAACAAGCGUGUCCUGCUCACGAGUAUCGGGGUGCCCUUGGCAAACCUGAUGGGUCUGGUGGCGAGCAACGUCUUCCAGGAGAAAGAUAAGCCGAAGUAUUUGCCUGCAUUGGUGACUGUGGCGGCGUUUGGAGGUGUCGGUGCAGUCCUGUCGGGGCUGUUAGGGCUGUACAUGAUGAUAGAUAAUAAGAGGAGGGAUCGCCGGGAGGGAGUCAAGAUGCGGGCGCAAGAUGUGCCGACGGAGAGGUUACGGGAUGGGCCGGGGGCGGAUGGAUUUAGAUGGUUUUUAUAGACUCUCCAUCUUUGUAGACUAGGUAGAUUGGAGAUUUGUGCGUGGGUAGAUUUAU